CAUCUUCACCGCCAAACGAAACACUCACACGGAUAGCCAUCAACAUCAGCAUCGCAUCGAGCUGUCCAAAUCGAACUAUAGAGCACUCUCAGCAACUGCACAAGCACCAUCACCAUGGCCUCAGCAGUGUCCGCCAUCUUCAUCCUUGAUCUCAAGGGCAAGGUUCUGAUCUCGCGCAACUAUCGUGGCGACAUCCCCAUGUCUGCAGUCGAGAAGUUCUUGCCACUCGUUCUCGAGGCCGAGGAGGACAGCCAGGCACCAGCACCAUGCUUUACCGAUGACGGCAUCAAUUAUCUUUAUAUCCGACACAAUAACCUGUUCUUGCUGGCCAUCACCCGCAAAAACUCAAAUGCAACAACUGUGAUGCUCUUCCUGCACACGAUCGCUGAGGUCCUGACAGAGUACUUCAAAGAGCUCGAGGAGGAGUCGAUCCGGGACAACUUUGUGAUCAUCUAUGAGUUGCUGGACGAGAUGAUGGAUUUCGGAUACCCACAGACGACAGAGUCCAAGAUUCUGCAGGAAUACAUCACUCAGGACGCCUACAAGCUGGAGGUCCAGGUCAGGCCACCGAUGGCAGUCACCAAUGCGGUCUCAUGGCGUUCAGAGGGUAUUCGAUAUCGCAAGAACGAGGUCUUUUUGGACGUGGUCGAAUCUGUCAAUCUGUUGGUCAAUGCCAACGGAAAUGUGCUGCGAAGCGAGAUCUUGGGCGCCGUCAAGAUGAAGGUCUUUUUGUCCGGCAUGCCAGAGCUGAGACUGGGAUUGAACGACAAGGUCAUGUUCGAGAGCACUGGACGUGCACCUACGAAGGGCAAGUCGAUCGAAAUGGAAGAUGUAAAGUUCCAUCAGUGCGUACGCCUUUCAAAGUUCGAGAACGACAGGACGAUUUCGUUUAUCCCUCCAGAUGGCGAAUUCGACUUGAUGACCUACCGCCUUAACACCCAGGUCAAGCCAUUGAUCUGGGUCGAGGCCUUGGUUGAGAACUAUACAGGAAGCAGAGUCGAAUAUCUUAUCCGCGCUAAGGCUCAGUUUAAGCGUCGCUCAUCAGCCAAUAAUGUCGAGAUCCACAUCCCUGUCCCCGAGGAUGCUGACACGCCAAAAUUCAGAAGCGGGAUCGGCUCAGUACAAUAUGUUCCUGAAAAGGCCUGUGUUAUCUGGAAGAUCAAACAGUUCCAGGGAGGCAAGGAGUUUUCGAUGAGAGCACACUUUGGACUUCCAUCCGUCAAGAACUUGGAGGAUGCUGACAAGCGACCACCCAUGUCCAUCAAGUUUGAGAUCCCCUACUUCACAACAUCGGGCAUUCAGGUCCGGUACCUCAAGAUCCAGGAACGCUCAGGAUAUGCAGCCCUUCCAUGGGUUCGUUACAUCACACAGAACGGUGACUAUCAGAUGAGAAUGCCUGACAGUAUCAAGGCUUCGAAAAUGGCACCCAUUUAAACAACACAUUUUCAUUUUUUAAGCCCAUACCCUUCGACUGACAAAAAUGAGGCGCAUUCCCCUAUUCUUUUGUAUAACUCUUUUACACGACCAUCUCAUGGGGAUCGAUUCGGCAAAAAGCAAAAAGUAAAUAAAUAAUAAAACGCGUAAACCAUUUCAUAAC